AUGAGUACCUGCGACAGUCUGGGAAGUAGCGGCGCCAAAGUCGAAGGCGCGGAGAAUGCGGAGACCACGCAGAAGGGGGAGUACCCCGUGGAGGGGGAAGUCAAUCCGGGGGGGGUCACUCCGGGGGAAGUCAAUCCGGGGGAAGUCAAUCCAACCACCCUGAAUGAAGACCCGAAGGAGGAAGAAGAAAAAGCGAAGCUGCAAGCAUCCACCCUGGACGACGGGGUAAACAUAAACGUAAUUAUAGAACGAUUAUCAAAGGAAGACCCACAGUCCUUGGCAAAAAUAUACAGCUUGAUGAAAAAUAACAACUGCCUUAACUUCUACCCCCUCCUGACUCCAUAUCAUAAUAUAAAAAAAAUUGUAGAUAUUUUGAUUGAGGAAAAUUAUGAACACGAGAACACAUGGUGUGUUCACUGUGAUGCUGCAUUCAUUUGCCAGCUGUUGUAUGAGGGGUUCAUCCCUGUGGCGAGCAAACAGAAGGUCUGUAAAGUGGAGAAGAAUCAGACAAAGGUUGUGAAGGAAUGCUUAUUGAUCCCUAAAAUUCACUACGUGAGGUCUUGUAUGCAUCCAAGUGAAAUACACAUAUCGAGAAAGGUGAAAAAAAAAUGCAGAGGUUACUACAUCACCGUGGAUAAAGACUUCGAUGGAGUCCUACAAGGAAUUGUUGAGAAACACGGACAGAAUUGGCUUUACCCAUUUGUGCAAAAAGAAUUUAAAAAAAUUUUUGAAAAAAAAAUUACCUAUAUGAAUGUACGUAUGCAUUCGGUCGAAUUAUGGUGUGAUGAUUUUUUAGCGGCAGGUGAGAUUGGGUGCACUGUGGGUUCUAUUUACACCAGUCUUACGGGAUUUCAGAGGAGGAGCUGUGCUGGUACUAUUCAGCUGUGUGCCCUGGCGAAGCUACUACAACAUCAGAAGUUUGAUCUGUGGGAUCUGGGUAUGCUUCUCCCUUACAAGAAAACGAUUGGAUCCAAGGAAGUCUCCAUGAAGGAUUUCUUUAAGAUGCAUCGCUCGACAGACUCAACUGCGGCGUCCUCAUCCAUGGCGCGCCGGACGGGCCCCCUGAGGUGCAACCAGAAGCGCAGCCAGAAGUGCAACCAGAAGCGCAGCCAGAAGUGCAACCAGAAGCGCAACCAGAAGUGCAACCAGAAGUGCAGCCAGAAGUGCAGCCAGAAGUGA